UCCUUUGUAGAGUCGGUCUCUUUCCCGAUCUCCUCCAGAAUGCUUCAGUCAUGUACUUGUAGCUUUUCUGGACUCGAAAUGGUCCGUCAUUACACACACAGGCUGUCCAUAUCUUUUUGGCUUGCACAGUGAGCGUCUUCGAUGGCUGAUGUAGCCGAACCCUGAAAGUCAGAUUCCAGUAUGACUCUAUGACACUCCGGAACAAUAAAGUGAGCACGUGCUUCAGUCGGUGAAUCGGAUGAUCAGGACAUUCUGAAUUCCAAAUCUUUCAAAUCCCCAGCAGGGAACAGCGAGGAAAUCUGCAGCGGAAGAGCAAGACGGAGCACCAUUGAUCGUGCAAUAAACAAAAGAUCGUAUUAGAAGAGAGAGAUUUCACCAUGGACACAAGAGGGACAUCUGUUUUCCUGCUACUCUGUACAAUUGUGGUCGGUUUGAGCAGUGCAAGCCACGUCCAUGGCGACUUCCGCCCCUGCUCUGCAUGGAGGAAAUACCCCAUCACGAUCAAAGAUGUGGUAAUCAACCCUGAGCCCGUCGUGAGCGGUGACCUCGUUACCUUCACGGUGCCUGCGUUCACGAAUCUCGAGCUGCAAGGAGGAACGGUGGUCGUGACCGUGUCUCUCUACGGCUUCAAGGUACACACCGAAAAGGACGACAUCUGCGAGAAGACUGCGUGUCCCGUCAAAGGAGACUUCGCUCUGAGCAGCUCGCAGGAGCUACCACCUUUCACCCCUCCCGGUCUGUACAAGCUCAAAUUCCAGGUGCUGGACAACGACGGCAUAGAGCAGGCCUGUGCCUCUGUGGGCUUCUCCAUCGUCUGGCGGCCGUCCAUGUACGCUCUUCAGGAGGCCACCAGAUACGCAGCCCAGGUCGUCCAGGACUAGAUUCUCUCGCUAUGGUCGUGACCUCGUGAACAUUUUGUUUGCGUCUGUACAGGAGUUUGAUGUGUGAGCUUGGAGUACAGUCUGGAAGGUGGGAAAGGUUGACGAUUAUUCUGAUCGGUUUGUCGGGUCGGUGGUGCUGGUACGAGUUUGGUCGAGGGAGAUGGUGAUGAUGUGAAUUCUUUUUCACAUGUGCUCGAGACCGACUGUUAUGUGCACUCCUCAUUCGCCGAUCCCAGCACAUGACAUCUGGCCUGGGUCAUGACAGUCGUGGGAAGAGCAGAAUUGUAGAAUGGUUGCUUCUGUGUGCGUGUGUCUUUCCACGAGGCAUGCGACAUCUCUAGCGAUCCGAUCUCAGGUAUUCUCGCCUGUGCUCACUAUGAAAAUCCCCAAAAAAUGUAAAUAAAAGACAGACUGCACUUGCAGUUUUGCUUGAAGGCG